AUGGAAAUAGAAAGUAAUAUGGACUAUUCAAUUCAAUGUCCUGAAUGUCAACUUGAUAUUCAUAGUACUUUAUUUCAAGAGCACUUCAAUAGAUGUAUAGGUGAAGAUGAGAAUAUCGAACAAGAACAACAACAACAAGAACAACAACAACAACAGCAACAGCAACAGCAACAAUCAUCGGAUAACAAUGAAGACAAUGAUCAAAUAACUGAUAAUGGUAAUGGUAAUGGUAGUGGUGUCAUUGGUAAUCUGGUUAAUAUGAUUAUGAGUAUCAGUGGUGUGGUUAAUAAUAAUAAUGUAAAUAAUAGUAAUAAUGACGAGGAUGAUGAAGAUAUGAUGGAAAUAGAUAACAAAAACUAUGAUAAUGAUGAAUUUGAAGAAUAUGAUGAAGAUGCUUUCAAUAGAACCUAUGAAAGUAAUGCAACAUCACCAUCAUCAACAACUACCACUACAACAACAACUACAACAACGAAUAAUAAUAAUAGUAAUAGUAAUAAUAAUGAAGAGAUAGCAGCUAAAGAUAGAUAUACAAUUAUAAAUGUAGAUGAAGGUGAUCCUGUGACGAUGGAUGGUGCUUCAAGCUUUGUGUUGAUGAGCAAUGGCGAGUUUGACGAAGAAUAUAAAUCAUUGCAGCUGGUACAUCAACUGAUGGAGCAAGAUCGACUUGAAAAACUCGCAAAAGAAGAGGAGGAGAACAAGCGUUUAGUACUUGAGAUGUUGGAACAAGAGAGACUACUACACGAACAAUCUGUAAAGGAGUCAUCAAAAGACUUGAUCACUCAGUGUAUAAAGUGUCAAAAGAUAGAGGAAAAGGUUGAAGAUAUUAUUUUUUUAGAUUGUAGUCAUGUAUAUUGUAAAUCAUGUUUGUAUUCAUAUAUAAUGAAUAAGAUCAAUAAGAAGGAUGUGUUAUCUAUCAAAUGUCGGCAAUGUAAGAUUAGCGAUCCAGAUGCAACCUUGACAUCAUCCGAUAUCAAACAGGUACUCAGUGACAAGGAGUAUCAAGUCUACGAAGACGCCUCACUCGACGAAGUGGUUACAAAGAAUAAGAACUUUACGAAAUGUCCAUCAUGUAAUAUAUUUAUGGAGAGUAUUGUCAACUAUGGUAAUGGUAAAAAAGAUGGAAAAGAAUAUGAUGACAAUGGAAAUGAAUUGAGUCAAGAAGCAAUUAGACACAAGAAUAAAUGUAGACUACGAUGUUAUAGUUGUUCGACUUUCCACUACGAAUGUUGUAAAAAGAAACUUGUAAACAAAUGGAACUCAUCUAGAAUAUCUUUUGGAUUUAUGAAGUGUGCAUUGUGCUCACAGAAUAUAGUUCAUGAAUCUCUGAAGGACGAAUUGGAUCCAAUACUGGAGCUGUACGAUAAGAUUAAAACCAAAGGAAUACAGAGACUGGUGUCGUAUGGUCCAGAGAAGGGUGUAGAUCUCAAAGAUCCAAAAUGUAAAUGGUACAAAAACGAAGAACUCUAUGUCAUGGAAAGACUCUCCUAUUUCCCAUGCUUCAAAUGCAAGAAACCAUACUUUGGUGGUGAAAAAGCAUGUGGAGAGAACAAUGUAGAUUUCAAAGCUGAAGAACUUUUAUGUGGUGGAUGUAGUUGUGAUGGUAAAGAUAAUUGUGAAAAACAUGGAAAAGACUAUAUUGAAUAUAAAUGUAAAUUCUGUUGUAAUACAUCUGUAUUCUUUUGUUGGGGUAAGACACACUUUUGUGAUGAUUGUCAUAAGAAAUCAACGGAAAUGGUUCGUACACCAAGAGCUGACCUACCUAAAUGUACAUGUGGCAACAUCCAUCCACUCAAUGGAGAGGAACAUUGCUAUGGAUGUUCAAUAUGCAGAAUUAAUCAAGCAUAA